AUGAGGAAGAUGUUGAAGGUCUCCGAGAGAAACUGCAGCAGGGCCGAGGCGGGAACUACAGAUCUGCAUCCCAAUAUCCAAUCUCCUAGGGGGCUGCAAAGACCCAGGCAGGCACUCAAGCUCAUGGGCCAUCCAGGUGUGAGUCGCGCCCAGGAGACGCACCAGGCCUGCAAAGAGAGGGAGACAGGGAGCUCGGGUCCGCUGCGAGGAGAGCCGCCGCCGCCGCCGCCGCCGGGCUCGAGGGGAGGGCCCGGGCCGAACCGUUGGCUGCUUGGGGGCCGUGGCGCGGGGUCCGGGUCACGUGACGACCCGCGCCUCCCCCCCCGCCGCCCCCCCCCCCCCCCGCAGCGGCUCGCUCGCCGUUCAGGGCCCGCCGGUACCGUCCGGCUCCACCCGGCGCCUCCCAGCGCGGCCCACGCGGAGGGGCAGGAGGGGGCGGGGGCGGCGGCGGCGGCGGCGGCGGCGGCCGCUGCGUCUAGCGGCUGCGACUGCGACCGCGAUCGCGACCCGGGCGUGCGUGCGGGCCGCCCUGGAUCCCGGUGGACGAAGAUGAUCAUCGAAAACUUCGAGGCCCUCAAGUCCUGGCUCAGCAAGACGCUCGAGCCCAUCUGUGAUGCAGAUCCAUCAGCCCUAGCAAAAUAUGUCCUUGCAUUGGUAAAGAAAGACAAAAGUGAAAAAGAGUUAAAGGCAUUAUGUAUUGAUCAACUGGAUGUAUUUCUUCAAAAAGAGACCCAUUAUUUGUGGAAAAACUUUUUGAUGGCUGUGAAUACGAAGAGUUAUCUACCUCCUCCAGAGCAACCAUCAUCGGGGUAGCCCUAAAGGUAGGAAUUUUUUCAGCACCAAGAAAAAGAUAUUAAAAAGGAAGAGAUUACAAAAGAAGAAGAGCGUGAGAAAAAGUUUUCCAGAAGGCUAAAUCACAGUCCUCCCCAGUCAAGCUCCCGAUACAGAGAAAACAGAAGUCGUGAUGAAAGGAAAAAAGACGAUCGUUCCCGCAAGAGAGAUUAUGAUCGAAACCCUCCUCGAAGAGAUUCCUAUAGAGACCGAUAUAAUAGAAGACGAGGACGAAGUCGCAGUUAUAGCAGGAGUCGGAGUCGAAGCUGGAGUAAAGAGCGGCUUCGUGACAGAGAUAGGGAUAGAAGCAGGACACGAAGCAGAAGCAGGACCCGAAGCAGGGAAAGGGAUCUGGUAAAACCUAAAUAUGACCUGGAUAGAACAGAUCCAUUAGAAAACAAUUAUACUCCAGUCUCUUCAGUAUCUAAUAUUUCAUCUGGUCACUAUCCUGUACCUACUUUGAGCAGCACUAUUACAGUAAUCGCUCCUACUCAUCAUGGUAAUAACACUACCGAAAGUUGGUCUGAAUUUCAUGAAGACCAAGUGGACCAUAAUUCAUACGUGCGACCACCCAUGCCAAAGAAGCGGUGUAGAGACUAUGAUGAGAAGGGUUUCUGCAUGAGAGGAGACAUGUGCCCUUUUGAUCAUGGAAGUGACCCAGUAGUUGUGGAAGAUGUGAAUCUUCCUGGCAUGCUGCCUUUCCCAGCACAGCCUCCUGUUGAAGGGCCUCCUCCUCCUGGUCUGCCUCCGCCUCCUCCCAUUUUGACACCACCGCCUGUGAAUCUGAGACCCCCAGUGCCUCCACCAGGCCCAUUACCUCCUAGUCUACCACCUGUCACAGAUGAUAUUUCUUAUUCUUUGGUUUUGACAGGACCACCACCUCCACUUCCUCCUUUGCAGCCAUCUGGCAUGGAUGCUCCCCCAAACUCUGCAACCAGCUCUGUUCCUACUGUAGUAACAACUGGCAUUCAUCACCAGCCUCCUCCUGCUCCACCCUCUCUUUUUACUGCAGUUUUUGUAUUACCAGAUACAUAUGACACUGAUGGCUAUAAUCCCGAAGCCCCAAGCAUAACAAACACUUCCAGACCUAUGUAUAGACACAGAGUGCAUGCACAAAGGCCUAACUUGAUAGGACUGACAUCAGGGGAUAUGGAUUUGCCACCCAGAGAUAAGCCACCUAAUAAAAGCAGUAUGAGGAUUGUCGUGGAUUCAGAGUCAAGGAAAAGAACCAUUGGUUCUGGGGAGCCUGGAGUUUCUACGAAGAAGACUUGGUUUGAUAAACCAAAUUUUAAUAGGACAAACAGCCCAGGCUUCCAGAAAAAAGUUCAGUUUGGAAAUGAAAAUACCAGACUUGAACUUCGAAAAGUUCCUCCAGAAUUAAACAAUAUCAGCAAACUAAAUGAACAUUUCAGUCGCUUUGGAACCUUGGUUAAUUUACAGGUUGCCUAUAAUGGCGAUCCUGAAGGUGCCCUUAUUCAAUUUGCAACAUAUGAAGAAGCAAAGAAGGCAAUAUCUAGUACAGAGGCAGUAUUAAAUAAUCGCUUUAUUAAGGUUUAUUGGCACAGGGAAGGAAAUACCCAGCAAUUACAAACUUCUUCUCCAAAGGUAAUGCAGCCCUUAGUCCAGCAGCCCAUUUUACCUGCUGUGAAACAGUCAGUCAAAGAACGUCUGGGUCCAGUACCUUCAAGUACUCUGGAAGCAGCAGAAGCCCAGACUGCCAGUUCAGACCUUCCUCAGAAUGUAACUAAGUUAUCUGUGAAGGACAGGUUGGGUUUUGUAUCAAAGCCAUCUGUUUCAGCAACUGAAAAGGUAUUGUCUACAUCUACUGGCCUAACAAAAACAGUGUAUAAUCCAGCUGCUUUGAAGGCUGCACAGAAAUCCUUACUUGUUUGCACCUCUGCAGCUGAUAAUAAUGAAGCACAGAAAAAAAAGCAGGAAGCACUGAAACUUCAGCAAGAUGUAAGGAAAAGGAAGCAGGAAAUUUUAGAAAAGCACAUAGAAACACAGAAGAUGUUAAUUUCAAAGCUUGAGAAAAACAAAGCAAUGAAAUCUGAAGAUAAAGCUGAAAUAAUGAAAACUUUAGAGGUUUUGACAAAAAAUAUUACCAAAUUGAAAGACGAGGUCAAAGCUACUUCUCCUGGACGAUGUCUUCCUAGAAGUAUAAAAACUAAAACUCAGAUGCAGAAAGAAUUGCUUGACACAGAACUGGAUUUAUAUAAGAAGAUGCAAGCUGGAGAAGAAGUCACUGAACUUAGGAGAAAAUAUACUGAAUUACAGUUGGAAGCUGCAAAACGAGGGAUUCUUUCAUCAGGUCGGGGUAGAGGGAUUCAUUCAAGAGGUAGAGGUGCAGCUCAUGGCCGAGGCAGGGGGAGAGGUCGAGGCCGAAGUGUACCUGGUCAUGCUGUGGUGGAUCACCGUCCUCGGGCAUUGGAGAUUUCUGCAUUUACACAGAGUGAUAGAGAAGAUCUUCUUCCUCAUUUUGCGCAAUAUGGUGAAAUUGAAGAUUGUCAGAUUGAUGACUCUUCACUUCAUGCAAUAAUAACAUUCAAGACAAGAGCAGAAGCUGAAGCAGCUGCACUUCAUGGAGCUCGGUUCAAAGGGCAGGAUCUAAAACUGGCAUGGAAUAAACCAAUAGUUAAUAUUUCCGCUGUUGAAACUGAAGAAAUGGAACCUGAUGAAGAGGAAUUUCAGGAAGAGUCUUUGGUGGAUGACUCAUUACUUCAAGAUGAUGAUGAAGAAGAAGAGGACAAUGAAUCGCGUUCUUGGAGAAGAUGAUUGACUGAUCACUGAUCUACAUAUGCUAGAACUCUACCUGUGUUUCAUUAGUAUUACCUAAUGUACUUUUACGUAUUUGUAAAAACCAUUUUUGGUAAAAAAAAAAUGUGAUGAAGAUGGAUUUCACAAAUAUAGAAAAAAGAAGAAACCUACUGCCUGAUCCUGUAUUUUGAAAGAUUGGUCUUUGCAUUUUAUUUCAGUAAACAAUUGCUAAAGACAUCACAUUAGAAACAUACAAUGUUUUUAUUACAUACUUCUACUGAACAUUACAGAACUCCUUGGGUCCUUUCUAAUUUAAUGAAUAGGUCUGAAAACUUAUGACCAAUACUUGUUAUAACUUAGAAGAUUUUUGUUAUACUCCAAAUACGGAAUGAAUUUGCAUUUAAAAUCUUAAUGAAUGUUUCCAAAAAAUGAAUAGAUAACAUAGUACUAUAACUAAAGUCUCCCACGUUAUGUAUUAAAAAUAUUACAUAGUAGUAUGCUUAGGCUUUACUAUGUAUUAGCCUUUUGUUGAACUUGUGUAUGUAUUUUGCCAUAUGGGUUUUAAUGAUAAUGGUGUAUGAAUGCUUUGCAUAUGAGUCCCUAUGAAUUCAGAUGUGAAAAAUAAAGUGGAAUGGUCUCAAAAGAAAAGAAAAGAAAAGAAAAGAAAACAAUGACAAAAAAAAAAAAGACCAAGACAAUGUUCCUUGAUUAAAAAAAAAAGAAAAGAAAAAAGAAAAAAAAGAAAAAAAAACUAAAAUAAAUAGACCAUUCCAGAUGGUGAUCUGCCCUUACCCCCAAUUAUCACUAAAGGAGCUUAAUCACUAAUUUAUUCUUAACAAUAAUGAUUACUGGUACCUUUAUAAUGAUGUACAAUCCAUGUUUAAAAUUUAUACAACUUCAGUUUGGUUUGAUCCUAUAAAUUUUCAACAGAUGUCUUAAAAUUUAAAAGCAGGCUGAUUAGUUUGGAACCAGACUUCAAGUAGUAGUUGGUGAAUAAGAAAACAUCACAUUACAUUUUGGAUGUAUGAAAGAAAACUUGACCAUUUGAAGAUGUAUGAAUAAAGAAAUGUACUAUAGAUACUACUUUAGGAAAACACUGUUUGUAGUCGUGAAAGAUGCCAAAUUGGCAGAGGCUCACGUUUCUUCUCUUUACACCAAACAGCAGAGAGACAUCAUCAUUGCCUGAAUUUAGCUUUAUGACCACCACAGCAGAACAGUUCAUCUCUGGAGACGACUGUUAAAAUAUCAUUUUGUUAUUUUAUGUUUACCCUUUAUCAAUUGAAAUAUUUGUUUACAUGUACUAUAAUUAGCAUUUUAUCUUUACAGUUCCCUAAGGGUAUACCUACCUGAGUCCAGAAGUAUAAUAUCUGCCUGUGCUUUGUCUGACCUUUCUUGUUCUUAAGUAUUUUUUUCCCUUUAUAACUAUUUUUUAAACACCAUUAAAAAGGGUAAAACUUCUUGGUUUCCUAAAAUGCGAAAAUUUUUAUUUUGGCCACACUAACAAUUGUGUCUAGGACAUUGAUAAAUCCAUAAUGUUUUGCUCAUUGGCAUGAAUAAUUAGAAUGAAGAAAAUAACGAGUGAAGCAUAGGUUUUAUUUUAAUUUUUCUGGGAUUUAGGAUACAUUUCUGGGCUUAAAAUAGUCAAAUAAUUUUGAACAGAUGAUAAAGUACUUUUCUACACUACACACUAAUAAUUUGUCUAUCUUUUAAAAAUACUUUUACCGAAAUUGUUGCCAGUGCCACCUGCCCAAAUAAUUUUUUAUGUCUUAGUUUUUCAACAUCAAUGAGGAGUAUAAUUUUCUAUCAAGAAAUGCAGGAUGAUGUGUGAAAUAUAAAUAUGAGAUGUAUUUAUUAAAUGUCUAGUGUACACAAUUUACCUUAUUUUCUGCACUUGCAAUCAAGACUUCAAAGACAAUCCUAAAAGCAAUGGGAAUAGUGUGUCAGACAUUGUAAAAUAUUAUAGUUUUUCAGUCUUAAAGGGUGUAUGUCCAUAUUAUUUACAAGCAAUGUGGCUUAUAACUGUUUUUAGAGUAUGAUUAAAUCUUAUCCUAUUUGUCCAAAAUUAUAAAUGAGCACAAAGAAAAGUGUUCACAAAGUUAGGAAUAUUCCUAGAAUCUAAUAAAGCAUUUGAGGAGUUUUAUCUGGGACUUUUACUUGGUUGCAGAUAUAUUUAAGUCCAAAUUACACAUGAUUCUAGCUAGUUACUCUUCAUUUUUUCCAGUUCUAUUCAGCCAUGCUAAUAUUUUUACCUCUUUGUAACUAUACUGCAAAUAUUUUUUCGCCCUGAGCAUAUAUUGUGUUUUGUUUUCAUGAAAAAUAAAAAGGAAUGAACACAUCGGCAUAAUGUAAAUUAUCUAUUUUUAUCCACAUUAGAGACAACGUGAAAAAGUACAUGUUUUGGAAGGUCUUCUAACAUGAUCUGUUAUAGCCUACAAGCGAGUUUAAAAAUUAGACUCUUGUUUGAGUUCACAUUUUUUAACUAGAAGUUACUUGAAGAGGGAGUUUAUUAAUAUUUCCUAGGUGAGCUCAGUAUCUUUUCUUUCUGUAGAAAAUUUCUGUCUAUGCAAUAGUGGUUUUUGUGAUGGAUCAGAAACUCUAAGAGCAUUGCUUGAAGGACCAUACUUCUGUACCAAUUUGAUUGGCUAAUGGAUAUGAACCACAUGAGCUAUCACCGUUUUAUUUAUUUUGCCGUGUCUUAUUCCCCUUGUUUUUAAAUUAAAAACAAAAUAAAGCAAAAUGAAACUGAAUAUGUCAUUGAGAAUUAGAAAUCUAGAUGUUUUGAUUUUUAUUAAGAUCAUCGCUCUUUUUAAAAAAUGCAGUGCUAUCCUGUAGAUCAGUUACACAAAUUUCCUAUACUGAUUAAGAAUAAAGAUUUUUUCCAUUAUUUUAUUUUCCUAAGUAGGAUUCUCAUGGAGCUAUGUGUAGAUAACUGUACAAAAUCAUUUGCAUAAUUGAAUGAAGCUCUUAACUUCUGCAUGAUUGCAUUAUGGAAAUCUUUUAUAUAUCUUUAUAUUUUCAGUAUAUUUAGAUUUUACACAAUUAGCUGCCCUACUCAUGCUAUAUUUGUUUUUUUAAAAUAGAGUUUAUAAAUAUUUAUGCUCAAAAUACAGAUCAACUGAAUAUUUUUGGUCUUGUUUACAAGAUAAAUAAUACUUUAAAAAUGAUGCAGCCCCUCAAGUGUCUUAGGAAAAAGUCAUUGGUGCUAUAAACCUUUCAAUAUCAUUUUGAACUGCUAGGUAACUUAGCUAGGCUAUCACCUAUGAUCGCUUGUGGUUUAUUCUAACCUAGCAGCAUAAUUAAUAAAAGUGGUGAUCAGGUAACGAUCCCAGCCCAUGAAGCCCACAAUUUAAAGAUACGAUGCAGAAUGGCUAUACGUUCAUUAGAGCCCAGCUCCUAAAAAGAACAAGUAGUUUCAUUGGAUUCUUGGUAGUUCUUUUGAUAAAUAAUGAUACAUUCAACUUAACUCAGUUUUCCCAUAUUUAAAAUGGAAAGCUUUUUUAGUCUUAAAACAUGAUGUAGUCCUGCUCUGCUCUAAAUUUCCAUCUGAUACUCAACAGGAGGCAGGGUAGUUCUUAAAUAUUUACAGAAUGUUUGAUGAAUUGUGAAGAGAUGUAUUAUUUACAUUAUACAAGUUUUACAUUGAUGUGUGUAGAUUUUUCUACAUUUAUCAGACUUCGUUCCAGCACCUUAGUGAAUGUUCUCAAGAUACAGAUUCUUAAGUAUCAGCAAAGCGUUUAUAGAUGUUUACUUUUGAUCUCAGAAUUCUGAACCUGUUUGGGGUGUGAUGUUACUUCAGGACAUGUAUGGCACAAGAUUUCCCUUAAGAAGCGGUUUACUUUAACUCAGUUUUGUGGAUUGUUGAGCCGAAAACACCAAAGGAGUCUUCUCUUGUCUGGAGACUGGAUUGUUCAGUUUUUAAUACCUGUGCCCAUAGUAUCCCAUUUCACGAAUGUGUGUUGGCAUGGGGGAAAAAAAUUCCCUGCUCUUUCAGUGGAGCGAAAGUAAUUGGUUAAGCUGUAGCAGCUUUUUUGUUGUUUAUUUUUAAAAGUGAUAAUAAAACUUGAACUAAAAACAAGGUAAAACUUGAACUAGAAAACUACUCUUGUAUGCUUAGAAUGUUUAUAGUAGAACAUGUUUAUGUGAGGUUGUCAACAUUAUUUAUAGUUGAAUUAUGUUUUGUUUGUUAAAUAUCCAUAAUGUUUAUUAUUUUUAUAUUUUGAAAAUUUUUUAAAUAAAAUAGCCUUACUAAAAAAGGUAA